AAAUGGUUAUUCAAUGUGGGGAAAGAUUCAUUGCAAAAUUUAAAUCUUUCUCAUAAUUUCAUUACAAGUUUAGAGCGCCUUCCAUGGAAGAAUCUACAGCUUAUUGACCUGCACUCCAACUCACUCCGAGGACCACUCCCUGUUCCACCUAACACCACAUAUGUUUUCUCUAUCUCAAACAAUAAAUUGACCGGAGAAAUCCCUACAUUGAUUUGCAAUCUGAGUUCACUUGGAGUUCUUGAUCUGUCUAAUAACAGUUUGAGUGGGUUGAUUCCACAAUGUUUGGGAAACUUGAGCAACAGUCUCUCAGUGCUGAAUUUAGGGACUAAUAGCUUUUCUGGCACCUUUACUGCAACAUUUACCAAAGGCAAUUUCCUAAGGAGUCUUAACCUGAAUGGCAACCAAAUUGAAGGACAAGUUCCACGAUCUUUGCUCAAUUGUGAAUACUUGGAAGUUCUAGAUCUUGGAAAAAACAAGAUAAACGAUACAUUCCCUUACUGGUUGGAAACUCUUAUAGAAUUGCAGGUUCUUGUCUUGAGGUUUAAUAGGUUUCAUGGUCACAUAGGCACCUCCAAGACCAAAGACAAACAUCCUUUUCCUAAGUUGAGAAUUAUUGACAUAUCUUGCAAUGAGUUCACUGGCCUUUUGCCAACAAAUUAUAUCAAACAAUUUCGAGCUAUGAUCAACGUUGAUGAACAUGAAAUGAAAUUGAAAUACAUGGGUGACAGCUAUUAUCAAGAUUCUGUGGUGGUGAUGAUUAAAGGAUAUGAGAUUGAAUUAUCAAGAAUCUUAACAGUCUUAUCAAUCAUUGAUUUUUCAAGAAAUAAAUUUCAAGGAGAGAUUCCGAAAUCCAUUGGGAGGCUUAAUUCACUUCGGGGUUUUAACAUAUCUCAUAACAAUCUUACAGGCCAUAUCCCAACUUCACUUGGAAAUUUGAAAAACCUCGAAUCGUUGGACCUUUCCUCAAACAAGCUUGUUGGGGAGAUUCCUCAACAAUUGACAAAUUUGAUAUUUCUUGAGGUACUAAACCUUUCGGACAACCAACUAGCAGGACCAAUUCCUCAAGGGAGCCAAUUUAAUACAUUUGGAAGUGAUUCAUAUGGUGGGAACUUGGCCUUAUGUGGAUUGCCUUUAUCAAAGAAAUGUAAGGAACUACUGCCACUGCCACCUCCGCCAACACUCCAACAAGAUGAGAAUUCAGACAAGUCAAGCGGAUUUAACUGGCAAGUUGUAGUGUUGGGGUAUGGAUGUGGAUUUUUAUUUGGAAUGAUUAUGGGAUAUCUUAUGUUUGUAACUCGAAGACCCGAAUGGCUUAUGAAAAUUGUUGAAGGAAAACAUCAUAAGAAGGUGAAAAGGUCUAAGAAGGGUGCCCACUGAUGCAGUGAAAGAAGAAAUCAAUAAAGACAAAUGGCAUUAUUCGGUUUGUUCCAUUAAGUAGCACAAUAAAGCAAUGGUAUCCACUUGAAGGGGUGUUUCACCUAGCUACUGCAUUUGAGUGGGUGAGCAUCUGGAUAACAGCCAUACACGGACCACUUCAAAAGCUUUACCCUUGUUGCGGUAUUGAAUUCUAAAGUUUUGAUAAGUCGUUUAGUUUUCUUGAAGCACUGAGUUAAAUAAGAGUUUCAUGUCAUGGUUUUUUGUUGUUUUCUAUCUCACGUCAUGUAGCAACCUUUAGAGAUUUGUAUUUUUGUAUGUAAUUUUUUUUAAAAUUGGAUUUCUGUCACAAAAGACUAGGCCAUGCCUAGGUUUUAACUUUGAAAUGCAAUCUUACAAUGAUA